CCCUUGCCGACGCCAACCCGACCUCCUGGCACGUGCGAGCUACUCCCAUCUGCGUCCGCAACGGAUAAAUACGGGCGGCCGAGGCCCUUCCCCUUCCCACGCCCCAUUCUCACUACCACCAAGAAGAGCUCCUCUUUUUUUAAUCCCUCCUCCGGUAUCCGGCCGCCCGAAGGCCACCACAAGAGCCGCCGCAGCCACUGGGUGACGAUGAAGGUCCACCCGAACGCCGCCGCUCCUGCCCUCGAGCUCCCAAUGCCCGCCGUCUCUUGUAGAGGAGGCGUCGACGGGGGGCGGCAGGAGGCGGCGAUGCUGACGGUGUGGCGGAAGUCGUUAUUAUUCAAUUGUCGUGGAUUCACUGUUUUUGACGCUAAGGGGAGCUUGGUGUUCCGAGUCGAUAACUACGGGUCGGAGAGUAAAGGCGAGGUCGUGCUCAUGGACGCCGCCGGCAAGCCGCUUCUCACCAUCCGGCGAAAGAAGCUGAGCCUAGGAGAUCACUGGCUGAUCUAUGACGGCGAGGAGGCCGUCAACCCCCGGUUCUCCGUUAAGAGGCACUUGAACCUCUUCCACUCCAAGGCGCUGGUGCAUGUGGCCCCCUGCGGCGGUGGCGGUGCGUGUUACGACGUCGAGGGCUCGUACUCUCAGCGGAGCUGCGUGGCCUACGGCGAGCGGCGGCGGCCGGUGGCGGAGGUCCGCCGUAAGGAGGCUGCCGCCGGCGGGGUGGCGUUCGGGACCGAUGUCUUUCGUCUCGUUGUCCAGACAGAGCUCGACGCAUCGAUUGCCAUGGCCAUCGUCAUCGUCCUCGAUCAGAUGUUCGGAUCCGGAGGGUCUCUGAUGAAGGGCUGAGAUUGAGAGUUAGAUUGGCAAUGGGAUGGUAAUUAGAAGGCUCGGGCGGUAUCUUUCGCAAGAAUGAUUAUUCUUCUUUCGCACGUCAAUUUCUUCGCAUUUUGCACAACUUUCAAAGCACUUCAAACUCUUGUAUCCCUAAUAAGUAUAGAUCACCGGGUAACAUAUCGCUUUAAAAGUUGUGCAAAGUACGAUCUAAUGGUUGUUGUUACUAUCAACCAUUUUUUUCUGCAAAAGAUACAGCCAAAACCUUAAUUUGAAAGGGUUGUUGGAAAUUUUAUUUUUUUUAAUUUUUUGGUGUCGAAAAGUAUGAUUAUUAUUUUGAAAUGUCAUUUAUUAGAUAAAUUAUAUCUUACAUCGGGCGCAUCAACAUGCCGCUCCUCUCCUCGACGAGACAAGUGCACAAUGAGGUCCUCAGAAAAGAGGCAGGUUGGCUAGCAUGAUGCACGGCUAUAUGAUGCACAUGAUGUAGAAUAUAAUUUUUUAUUGUGCCUCGAUUUUUUAAAAUAAACAAUGUGCCGAUAAA